ACAGCGUGAACGUUCCCGAAUCGUUUCACUGAAAACUAUUCCCAUCGUCGCCUUUGUGCCGACGUGGCAUGAACGCAGAAUGAAAACCGGCUGUCAAGUGCAGCCAUUAGACCCAACGUCAACUGUCAAAGUCCGCUUUCGUUCUCUUGCACUUCGAACGCUUUUCAGGAAGCCGAUAAAGCUGCUCUGUUUUGGGCAUUAACCGUACACAGCCACCAGAUACAGGUGUGCUGCUGCAGUUGUUCCAAGUCGGGCUGACCACCGCUCCGACAAACCUUCAAAACCUGCGAAUUUAACAGCUGGAUUUACCCACUGUUGGUGCCUAUACGUUAAAGAAUCAUGGCUGAGCUGCAGGAACGCACCUUCAUUGCUGUCAAGCCUGAUGGCGUGCAGCGGGGCCUCAUUGGAGACAUCAUUAAGAGGUUUGAGAUGAAAGGCUUCAAACUUGUGGGCAUGAAGAUGCUCAAUGCCACUGACGCCCUCCUGCAGCAGCACUACAUCGACCUGAAGGACAGGCCAUUCUUUCAUGAUCUAAUCACAUAUGUGAGCUCUGGUCCAGUGGUUGCCAUGGUGUGGGAAGGCAAAGGUGUGGUGAAGACAGGCAGAGUGAUGCUGGGUGAGACCAACCCUGCUGAUUCUAAGCCUGGAACCAUCAGAGGAGACUUCUGCAUUGAUGUUGGCAGGAACAUUGUCCAUGGCAGUGACUCAGUGCAGAGUGCAAACAGAGAAAUUUCGCUGUGGUUCAAACCAGAUGAGCUGAUCAUCUACACAAGCUGUGCCCACAAGUGGCUUUACUGAACUACCCUGGGUCCUGGUGCAGUCCCUCAACACUGGAGACCAUUUAAACUUUGGCCUCAGAUCUCGUUAUUUGCUUCUAGCCUAGAGGGCAGAAGAACAUGACAGUUCUAAUCUCAUAUCUCCUCCUGCACUCUAAUUGUCAUACUGUGCUGACUCUUCCAUGUCUCAUCCCAUAUUCCUUUGUGAGCUUGAUUCUAUAUUUUCACUUAAACUCAUGACAUUCCUUCCUUGGCUGCACAGUUAAUAACAUUGUCAGUUUUGUUGAAGAUGCACUGCUUUUCAAUAAAAUGUUCAACUCUCUGCAGUGUUCAGAUUA